AUGAAUAUUAUAUCAUAUGCUCCAGUUAUAUAUCGCAAUACAAUUAUAUCGAAAAUUGAAACAAUAGUAACAAUUUGUGGUGGUUACAUUGAUGAUUUCAAUUUUUUUUCGGAUUUGGCUGUUACUCUACGAAUAUUGGGUAUUAGACAACCAGAUACAUUAGGACAAUUUUAUCAACGAUUAAAAUUAGAUACCAAAGAGUUACAACUAGAUGAUGAAACAAUCAAUACGUUAAACAGUUGUUCUUCCAGUCUUGAUCGAUACUCACUUUUCAUCCUAUUUCAAAUAUUAUUCAUUGAUGCUAAAGGCGAUUUAAAACAAGAUGUGCCUGCUAUCAAUAGUUGA